AUCCUCAGAGAUACCAGGAAGUUACAGAGCUGGAAUACAAUAAUGCAUACAGUGCAUGAAAUGGGAAAAGUCUCACUUGGCUGCUUAAAUUGGAGGUUGGUGUCCUCUUCCUAUCAAGCUUUGUAUUUCUAUCCUCAAGGAAGCUUCCUCAGAGAUACCAGGAAGUUACAGAGCUGGAAUACAAUAAUGCAUACAGUGCAUGAAAUGGGAAAAGUCUCACUUGGCUGCUUAAAUUGGGGGUUGCUGUCCUCUUCCUAUCAAGCUUUGUAUUUCUAUCCUCAAGGAAGCAUCCUCAGCGAUACCAGGAAGUUACAGAGCUGGAAUACAAUAAUGCAUACAGUGCAUGAAAAUUCUUCCCGUCUUCCCCCUAAGUAACAAUUUUACGGGACUCAGCUCCUGUCACCUUUCUCCAUAGGUUUAGGUCCUUGCACAUACAAACCGUGAAAAUCAUGUCAAACUCGGUGUUUCAAGUUCUUUUGCUUCUGGUUUCCCUCACGGUACCAGCAUCAGGAGCCACACCGAGACUUGCAAAGCGUGGCUGUGCUGAAACGUGCGGGAACGUCACCAUUCCCUUCCCCUUUGGAAUAGGGACAGGGUGUUUCUUGGAUGACUGGUAUGAGAUUGUCUGCCAGCAAAACCAUACGGUUCCCAUACUAAAUAAGAUUGGAUUGAGAGUUCUCGACAUUUUACUCCCCAAUUUUACUUCAGAGGGAGAUGGCAUGAUAAAGGUCAGUCUUCCAGUAAUUUACUCAAAUGCAAGCUGCAAGGGCCAUGGACUUGGUGAGCCAGUGAGCUUAGAAGGAAGUGACUUUUUCUUCUCCCAGAGAUGGAACGUCUUUACAUCGGUCGGUUCAACCGAGGCAACAGUGAUUAGUAAAGAAUCAGCUGGUAUAGUCUUUACAUCCAGCGGUUGCAGGUCGAAAUGUGCUGGAACCAAUACCAACAUUAGCUGGUCCAGUGCUUGCUCCGGGGCAGAUGGAUGCUGCCAGACUACGCUCCCCUUAAAUCUUCAAGCCUUUGGUGUGGAUAUCAAAGAAGAAGGUGGACAGCAGGGGUGCAAGUACGCUUUCCUGGCAGAGAGAUCAUGGUUCUCAAAGGCGGACGUUACAGGUUUAUAUGAUUUGAGAGUGAAAGAUAAGGUUCCAGUGGUGUUACAAUGGGGGAUCCAAAACAAUACCGACUAUUCACUUGCGCUUCGCAAUAGCUCGAUGAAUUCUGAUGUUGUCUCGUGUUACAUGAGUAGCACGCCAUUGGAGUGCUGGUGCCGAGAUGGUUAUGGUGGUAACCCUUAUUUUAUUGGAGGAUGCCAAGAUAUUAACGAAUGUGAAGAUUCAAAUAUAUGCCACCGGAUGGACCGGACCUGCGUGAACAAACGGGGCGGCUAUGAUUGUGUUGACAGUAGAAAGACAGCUAAAGUCAUUCUCAUUGGGGUUGGGGCAGGCCUUGGGGUACUACUUUUGUGUCUUUUCAUAUGGAGAUUGUGCAAAUAUAUCAAGAAGAGAAAAAUAAUCAAGCUCAAAGAGAAGUACUUCAAACGCAAUGGCGGUCUUUUGUUGGAAAUUGAGCCAUCUUCACCAGGAGGCAAAAUUAAGAAAAGCAAAUUGUUCAACUCCAAGGAUUUAGAGAAUGCCACUGACAACUUCAACGAUGAUAGGAUACUUGGGCAAGGUGGGCAAGGUACUAUUUACAAGGGAAUGUUAACAGAUGGAAAAAUAGUUGCGAUUAAGAAAUCAAAAGCGAUAGACGAGGGAAAAGUCGAACAAUUCAUAAAUGAAAUCCUCAUUCUCUCACAAAUUAGCCAUAGAAAUGUGGUUAAGUUAUUGGGGUGUUGCUUGGAAACGGAGGUCCCGCUUUUAGUAUAUGAGUUCAUACCAAAUGGGACUCUAUACCAAUACCUACACGACCCAAAUGAAGAGUUUCAUGUAUCGUGGGACACACGCCUACGAAUAGCAACUGAAAUUGCGGGAGCCUUAUUCUACUUGCAUUCAGCAGCCUCCAUUCCCAUUUAUCAUCGGGACAUCAAGUCCACCAAUAUCCUCUUGGAUGAGAAAUUUCGAGCAAAAGUGGCGGAUUUUGGUACUUCCAAGUCUGUUUCCCUCGAUCAAACUCAUGUAACCACAUUGGUGCAGGGGACUUUUGGCUACCUAGAUCCCGAGUAUUUCCAAUCAAGUCAAUUCACAGACAAAAGCGAUGUGUAUAGUUUUGGAGUUGUCCUUGUUGAACUCUUAACGGGACAAAAGCCAAUCUCAUCACUAAGGGAACAAGAAGGAAGAAGCCUUGCAACCUAUUUCAUAGUUUCGAUGGAGGAGAGUCACUUGUUUGACAUUGUGGAUGCUCAAGUUUUGAAAGAAGGUAAGAAGGAAGAGAUUGCAAUAGUUGCUAACCUUGCAAAUAGGUGCUUGAGCUUGAAUGGAAGGAGCCGGCCUACAAUGAAAGAAGUGGCAAUGGAGUUAGAGGGGAUAAGGAAGCUCCCAAAUCCUUUGGAUAUUCAGCAAAAUCAAGAGGAUCGUGAUGCAACUGAAUCUCAUGCGAUUGCUUUUAAAUCGAGCAAGUCAAACAUCGAUGCAAAUGUCAUUACAUUUUCGGAUGUGCAGCCAUUCUUACCUAGUACAACGUGGUGAGGAUCUGUUCUGCCUCUCAUUCUUAUGAGUCAUGUUGCUACGUUUGUCAUGGAAAUCGGUCUUCAGAGCAAAAGAAAGAGAAGAGAGAAGGGAGGAAAACUUGUUAGUUUACUAAUAGGAGGAUUUUGGUUAGUUAUUUGUUGUUAAUGAACUUAUUCUCGGUGUUGAGGAUUAAUAAACUGUGAAGUCAUACCGAUCCCAAGUUUAUUCUCGG